UGACGUAGAACUCCCGCGACGGCGGAGCAGGAAACAGACGUCUGUUGAGCCAAAAUGGCGUCCGUGAUCCUUCAGUCCGGAGUGGGUUAGCAUGAAACCUGUCCGAUUAAACCUCUUAUGACACGGUUCGGCUCUUAUUAGUCGGAAUAAUUAUUUUUAUCGUCAAGAAGAGUCCAUCUAAACUAGCGGAGACGCGUUUAGACGCUGUGAGGAGCAGAUGGCGGGACGUAGAGUCGAGUGUUUGUGGAAACGUCACGUCGUGGAGCAGCUGAAGCAGAGAGACCGAGUUCAGCGUCAGGCCUUCGAGGAGAUCAUACACCAGUAUAACCGGUUGUUAGAGAAGUCUGAUCUUCAGGUUGUUUUUUCUGAACAUCUCCAGACCGAGAAAUAUGAGCAACAGAACAGACACGACCUCAGUCCGGGCGUCGAGGGCGGCCGCAGUGAUUCCCUGCAGCAGGAAAUGGCUCAGAUGAGAAUCAAACAUCAAGAGGAGCUGACAGAGCUGCACAAGAAACGAGGAGAGUUGGCCCAGAGUGUGAUUGAACUAAACAACCAGAUUCAGCAGAAAGACAAAGAGAUCCAGAGUAAUGAAGCCAAGAUGCUGGAGUAUCAGCAGCAGAUCUCCCGUAUGGAAGGAGAGUGUCGCGAGCUGCGCAACUCUCUGGCCGAUCUGGAACGAGCCAAUCAGACGCUGCGAGACGAGUACGAUGCCCUGCAGAUCACGUUCAGCGCCCUGGAGGAGAAACUACGGAAAACCACAGAGGACAAUCAGGAGCUGGUGACACGCUGGAUGGCAGAGAAAGCGCAGGAGGCCAACAAACUCAACGCUGAGAACGAGAAGGACUCCAGGCGCAGACAGGCGAAGCUUCAGAAGGAACUGGCGGACGCAGCGAAGGAACCUCUUCCUAUAGACCCAGAUGAUGACAUCGAAGUUCUCUCAGAGGAUGCUGGGAAGGGAACGGGUGAAACGUCACCGAGCAGACAGACCAGUCGCGCACCCAGUAGACGAGUGUCUCAGCCUCCUCCUCCUGCUGGCCUGCUGGAUUCCAUCUCUAAUAUCUUUGGCUUGUCUGAUUCUGUCCAACCUGGUUUCGUCCCAUCUGACUCCAGAAGGCGUCGCUCGGUGAAUUCGUUUGGCUCGUCUCCUGAAAGCGCAGAGGUGCCGUCGGCCUGCGCUGAUGUCCGAGUUCCCUCCACUGCGCUGCACGUCUUUGACGCCCACGAUGGAGAAGUGAACGCCGUGAGGUUCAGUCCCGGUUCCCGUCUGCUUGCCACGGGAGGAAUGGACCGCAGGGUGAAGCUCUGGGAGGUCGUUUCUGGGCGAUGUGAACCUAAAGGUGCGCUGACGGGCAGUAAUGCUGGAAUCACCAGCAUAGAGUUUGAUAGUGCGGGCUCGUAUCUACUGGCUGCGUCGAAUGAUUUCGCCAGCAGAAUCUGGACUGUUGAUGACUACAGACUGCGGCACACACUCACAGGGCACAGCGGGAAGGUUUUAUCCGCUCGGUUUCUCCUCGAUAACGCUCGGAUCGUCUCUGGCAGCUACGACCGAACGCUCAAGCUCUGGGACUUACGCAGCAAAGUCUGCAUGAAGACGGUGUUUGCUGGUUCUAGCUGUAAUGACAUCGUCUGCACGGAGCAGUGUGUGAUGAGCGGACACUUCGAUAAGAAAGUUCGUUUCUGGGACAUCAGGGCGGAGAGUAUCGUGCAUGAGCUGGAGUUGCUGGGACGCGUUACCUCUUUGGACCUCAAUCACGACCGGACCGAGCUGCUGAGCUGCUCUCGUGACGACCUGGUGAAGAUCAUCGAUCUGCGCAGUAAUGCAGUGCGACAGACGUUUAAUGCUCAAGGUUUCAAGUGUGGUUCAGACUUCACCAGGGUCACGUUCAGUCCUGAUGGAAGUUACGUGGCGGCCGGUUCUGCAGACGGCGUUCUGUACAUUUGGAACGUUCUGACGGGGAAACUAGACAAAACCCUUGAUAAGGGUCACAGUUCUGCCAUUAAUUCGGUGUCCUGGUCUCCAUCGGGGGCGUACGUGGCCAGUGUUGAGAAAGGCAGCAAGGCCGUGCUCUGGUCUGACAUGUGAGCUCUGUUCCUCCGCAGUGAUUGGUUGAGCGCCGCCCCGCCGUGAUUGGAUGAAACGGACUGUAAAGACAGAAAGAAAGUGAGCCCACCCUCACGUCCCACUCUCUUGAACUACCUUUCCCACAAUGCCAUCUGUUCGGCUGUCUGUGUAUGUGUGAUCGGACAGCACUGCACACGUAUUAUACAUAUUUAUAUCAGCUUUCAUGUACUGUCUGUCUCACACACUCAAUGUGAGAUGAUGGAGAUUACGCAAGUGACUCUCACUGUCCUACAUGACUCUUACUGCUUAUUUUAACACGGCUUUAAAAUAGUGUGUGUUUGUGUGUUUACGGUCGGAGUUUAUGCUUUGAUUUGACAGAUACAGGCCAU